GUCGCUCUAUCAUCGGAGUUGUUGUCUUUAUACUUUCAUAAAAUGAAGGUGUCCUUCAUCUUUUUUUUUUCUUCAUCUAUCAUGUCUCACACAAUUGUUCUCAAGUACUUGCCUGAAGGCUUCUCUGUUCACCAAUACGAACGUAACCACAAAGUCCCUACCGAGAUUUUUGAUGCUCCAUGGUACACUCUCUCAAAAACAAAAUCUGAGCUCUCUUUGAUCUUGCCUACUGAAUUUCAAUUGUCUGAUAUUCCCAACAAGUCAGAAGAUGGCUGGCGUAUGUUCCAAGUAGACGCACAAAUGGACUUUGGUCUUGUAGGUAUUCUUGCCCGUAUCGUUGCCCCUUUGAAAGACAACUCUAUUCCUGUGUUUGUUGUAAGUACUUACGAUACAGACUAUGUUAUGAUAAAGCAAGACAAGUUAGAACAAGCCAUUCAAGUCUUGGGCGAACAACCUAAUAUGGUUGUGAAACAAGGCGAAUCUAUUUAAAUUCUUUUUUUUUCUCUAAUAAAAUGCAUC